AUGGAAUUGCGAGAGAAUAUACGACAGCAAACAGAACUGACGCUUGAGAAAGGCGCAGCGAGUGAGAGCGCGAUCAUGAAAUGCAAGGAGGAAGAAGGGCGAGAGGAAUCAACAAAUUGGAAACGCGUAAAUGAGGGAAAAAGAGGAGAAAGGCUGGGAGCGGCCAGGCCAGACCGAAGAACGGGGAUGGGCCAGGGCCAAAGGAAGGAGAUGUCUGGGACCUUCCCUGAAGUUAUUACGCAGAACGGAGAAGCUAAGCUGGCUCGGGAAAGAACAGGGGUUUGGGUUCAGCGAAUUUGGCAGUCCAUUGGCAAAGGAAGGCAGGAGCAACCCAGAUUCAUGGAACUAGACAGGGAAAGAAAGAGAGAAGGUAUGAAAACAUUGACAACGGUUGGUAAGAAGAGGUUGAAAGCUGACUGGAGCUGA